GAGAAAGAGGAGAGAGAGAGAGGACAAGAAAAAGAAAACCCUGAUGUGGGACUGGCAUUGGUGGUGCUGUUUAAUCCCAAUAACACUCCAAAAACAGCACCCGGAUCAAACCUUGCUUCUGACAACGCAUCCAAGAAACGACGCCGUAUGCCCGAGCUGCAUCUCUUUCUCCGCCGUCGCUAGGAUGUUGACAUCUUGGCUAAAUCGCCGCCGGAGUAGAUACUUGAUUGUGAUCCUGUUAAGCCCUUUUAUUUUUCCUUUAUUCUUCGCCACCUGUCCCCUCAUCUGCGCCGUUGAAAUAUGCUGCUUGGUGCGCCGGAAGCGGCGCACGGCGGACGCGGACGCCGGCGGCGGAGAUGGGUGGUGGAGCCGGGAAGGUGACGGUGGCGAUGAGGUGGGUUUGCUGCAGAGAUACCUGGAUGAUCAGCUGUCGCUCGUCGCUGGAUCGGUGUACGGGUGCGGCGGGGACGAUGAUGAGAAUGUGGGUGGAGAAGACGGGGUCGAUGUUGAAUAUUUUGAUAGUACGAGGCCUCUCUUGCAAUAGCUCAUAUUUGACUAUGUAAUAAACUUUGUACAUGGCUCUAGAGUUGGAAAAAAUACUGUAUAAUACAUAUUUUUCUAUAAUACAUAUUAAUUGCAAA